AAUAUGAGCGCGUAGAGCGAAUAUUUCACUGCCGAACGGGAAACCCAACUCUGUGCCAAAUACGGCCCUUCGCUGUAGGAUAAUCGACAUGCGCAACUAGAUUUUUUUAAUAUUUUUGUAUUAUUUAUGUAUUUUUCUAGUAACUUCAAGUAGGAUACCCAAAAGAUAAGGAUCUAAGGAUAACUAUUUCUAUUUGAGGUUUGUUUUCCAUGUUGUCUUGUCAUGUAUUUCGACCAAUAACUAAUCUUCUGAUGACUAAUCGACGUUCCCAGUGAUGAACAUUUUGCGGUUGGUAGCUGCCGAAAAAGAGAAGAAAAAAAAUCCGUCUGGUGCUUUCAAGAAGUUAGAGGAUGAAGCGAAAAAGUGUCCCUCUAACGAAAGAAAAUCUGGACCGGCAGUUCAGGAUAAGAAUGAUUUAAAGCAUUCUUUAUCUCCUAUGCAAUAUCACGUUACGCAAGAACGUGGCACCGAAAGGCCUUUCAGCGGGAAACACUUGAGAAGAAAAGAAGAAGGCGUUUACACUUGCAUAGUCUGUGAUAACGUCCUCUUCCAUUCAAGUUCGAAGUUUGAACAUGUUUGUGGUUGGCCGUCCUUUAGGGAUGUGAUAGCCCAAGGAAAAGUCUCAUAUACAACGGAUACAACACACGGGCAAGUUCGAGUAGAAGCUACAUGCGCUCAGUGCGGAAGUCACUUGGGUCACGUCUUUGACGAUGGCCCAAAAAAUCAUCCUGUACGAUACUGUGUCAAUUCAGCAUCAUUGGAGUUCAAAAAACACACAACAGUUUAG